AUGGACGCACCAGGCCGGGCAGCAAAUGAAGCGGACGGCGGAUUGCGUCCGAUGCCAGGCGGUCAGCCCCGAGCCAGGCCGCCGGCUACAGACGGCAAGCAGGCAGGCGUGCGUCCCGACAGCUCCCUGUGGGGCCAGCCGCCCAGGCCAGGCCAGGCGUGGCCGAGUGGAGAGGAAAGGUCUGGCCAGGCCAGGCCAAGCAAGCAGGCAAGCAGGCAGGCACGCAAGCAGGGACGGCUCUGCGCUCGGCCCUCUUCCUCCGCCUGCAUUCUUCCUAGCCCUGGCUGGCUUGGCCCCGAAAUUCCUUCUUCGCCCUCUUGCAACUCCCCACCACCUCCCGUCCGCGGCCCAUCCCAGCCUCGGCCUCAAGCAGGGCACCGUCAAAGCGAUCCGAUCCUCCGCCACUCGAGCUACAGUAGUAUCGGUCCAUCACGCGCCGGCUCGGACCGCCCUCGUCGAGUAGGCGACGCUCCAGCCGCAUCGCCAAGCGAGGACAGGUCACCGGCUGCCAUCGAGGCGGCCACGGCCGGACUGCCAACACAGCUACGUACGCAGCAUCGGCUGGCAUCGUGCCCACCCAUUGUCAGCUGCAGCCGUCCUCAGGACCCUGUCCAUCUUCCACCUUCCGCUCUCGUCACCGCGCGUGCCGGGCUGCCCUUGGCAAGAUGCCGGGAUCGGGCAUACAUGCGGACCCGGCGGGUAGGCCCAACAGCGCCGAUGACAAUCAUCACGCCAUGGCGACGCGCUCGCCUGCCACGACACCCGGCCCGGGCUUCCGCAUGCUGCCGUCGCGCGGCAAGGCGAGGGCGGUGA